UCCAUUAGUGGCCGGUCAGUCAGCCGCGCGAGGGGGAAAGACAGUUGGACGGUGCGAGUCUGUUGGUGACGCCUGUUGUUGAUGUUUGGCACUUGUGGCUGUUGGUCCUGCUGCGGCCGCCUCUUGGGAGAACAAACUGGUUGGGGGAGGAGGAGGAGGAAGGAAGGAAAAGAAGCGCCUUGACAAGCCUCCUCGCAGGGUCAGCAGGGCACGAAAGGCGCUGAGUCAUUCUGGAGGAGGCGCUGGAGCCUCGUUGGCAGAGGAUGGCCUAGUGAAAAAGAAGAGGGCUAUACUACAUUUUCACCUUCUUCUAUGCUUAAACAACAUCUACAUAGUCUGCAAUUUGAUCCUCUGCAUAUUUUACUCAGAAAAAACAAAGAUACAAGAUGGCCCAUGUUCUUCUGUUACUGCUGUUUUCCACUCCUGCCUUGAGUCUCAUUAAUGGAAUAGAUGUAGAACAAGAUUUCAGCUGGCAGUUAAAAAAAGUACCACAGAUUGUGAAAGAAAAAACUUUCCCCCUCGACACUCCUAAAUUUGAAGCAAAUGCCAAAUUGGAGCUGAGUGGAGUAUGUGGGAUUGAAUGCCAAAGGACACUCCCGGUGCCACGCUUGUCUGACUUGAAAGAGCUCCUCUCCUAUGAGACUGUCUUUGAGAACGGCACACGGACUCUGACUGAGGUGAACGUCCUGGGGGUGGAGUUUGAUCCAGUGGCCAACGCCACCACCAGAGUGCUCUCAAGAAGAAAGAGGCAAGUCUACGGCACAGACAGCAGGUUCAGCAUUUCAGACACCCGCUUUCUGACCAAUUUCCCUUUCAGCACUGCUGUAAAGAUCUCCACAGGGUGCAGUGGCAUCCUGAUAUCCCCAAAGCACGUCCUCACUGCUGCUCACUGUGUGCACGAUGGCAAAGACUACAUCAAAGGCAGCAAGAAGCUGAGAGUGGGGCUGCUGAGGCUGAAAUCCAAAGGCAGUGGCAAGAGACACAGGGGAGCCAGAAGGAGUAAGAGGGAAGUGUCAGAGGUCGAAGAACACCGUGUGGAUGCCAAACAGCUGAAACAAAGCUCCAGCAACAGAGGUGGCAGAAAACAAAAGGCAUUGGGGUUGAAUGAGAAGAAAUCUGAGCGUAAGCCCUCCUUCCAAUGGACCAGAGUUAAAAGUACACAAAUCCCCAAAGGCUGGCUGAAAGGCGUAACUGGAGAUGUUGCAGUGGAUUAUGACUAUGCAGUCCUGGAGCUCAAGCGUCCCCACAAGAAGAAAUACAUGGAGCUGGGCAUCAGCCCAGCUAGCAAAAUGAUGCCUGGAAACAUGAUCCACUUUUCCGGAUAUGAUGCUGACCGGUCUGGCCAGCUGGUCUAUCGGUUUUGCAGCAUAUCUGAGGAAUCCAGUGAUCUUUUCUACCAAUAUUGUGAUGCCGAGUCUGGGUCUGCCGGAUCAGGAAUCUACCUUCGACUUAAAGAGCCAGACAUGAAGAAAUGGAAGCGCAAAAUUAUUGCCAUUUAUUCUGGUCAUCAGUGGGUGGAUGUCAAUGGGGAACAGCAGGAUUACAAUGUAGCAGUUCGAAUUACUCCCCUCAAAUAUGCCCAGAUUUGCCUCUGGAUACAUGGGAACAAUGAGAACUGUGCACAGGGCUAAUGACAGCUGACACAAGAUCAACCUAGUAUCUGACAGUGCUAUAUAGUAAAGACCUGCAAAAAUAAAAACUGAAAGUACGUUGACCUGGGUCUGAUUUUAUUUGAACUUGAAACCAACAAGUACCUUUUGAUACGCUGAAAAAAAUCAAAAACAUUUACAGAGCAUUUAGCACAAUUUUCCCACUGGGUUGCUUUAAAUUGACCAUAGACGUGACGUGCAUUUACAAUCCCAAAUUGUAUUACUGUAUUUAUUGUUUUUAAAUUGUGGUAAAUUUGAGUCAUUUGUAUUACACAACAAAAAUUAAUGGCUCCUUCUGUUUGCUUGCAUUUUUAAAGAGAAGCAUCUUGUCUUUUAACUGGUACUAUUAAAAUAUGUGAUUGUUUUGUUUUCAACUUAAUUUACUUGUCUCAGGGUUCUGCUCCAGUAAACAUUUUUCUGUUAAUGCAGGUUGCAUGCUCAUUAUUGUAUAGUAUCUGCAGGACAAUCCAAUUGUGAAACACUGUGAUAAGAUAAGAAACAAAACUCUCCCAUAAUCAUUAUUGUAGAGGAGACAAUACCUUUUCACACUGAUGCCUCUGCCAAGUUAGCUUAGGUUAGGUCAUAUGUAAAACCCACAAAUUCCUUUUCCUUGAAUUCUAAAGUAGCAAACCAGAGUUUAAUGAAUGUAGCAUGUCUAGCUUUGGGGGCAAAAGAAACCAUAUGAGUAUAAUUUAAUGCCUGCAAAGAUAUGCAAAACUGGGAUGAUUUUGUUUCAACCAGUCACUAUUUUGAACAAAUCGCUGCCUUGAAAAAAAAUUCCUGUGAUGAUUCAUUUGUCAAAGAGGCAACGGUGACAACUACUAAUUCAAGUUUUAAAACAAUAUAUACAGAGUUAAACAUACCAGAAAUGAAUAGGGUUGUCUUUAAAAAAAAAAGUUCUGCCUUCAGAGCUAGGAGAUUAUAGGCCAAGAGUCCAUGUGCACUAAAGGGUGCCCCCAUUCAUCUGGAGAGGAAGGCAGCUCUGUUCUCUCAAUGGCAAAAAAUUCAUUGACGUGAAUUGGGAAGCCCUUUCAACAAGGGGAACACAUUGCUAAGAUAAGAUGACUGAGUUGUAGUAGGAUUUAUAAGUCAACAGACUAUGAGCUCAUCUACACGGUGUUUUAAUGUGUGUUUGGUGCUACUCACACCUCCUUUUAAUCCUCAUGGUCCACAUGACAUUACUGUCAAACAGAAGCUAUCACGCUGUUUCCCCCCUGUAAAUCCAUACUAACCCAGUCCUCUGAUAAUACGAAAAGGGAAGGAAAAAAUGUCUUCACUUCGUAUCUCUAGUACUUUUAGGUGGACGUGUCAAUCGUUUCCCUCUCCAUGCUCACUCCCUCCUCCUUCAUUCAUUUUAUUUCCAGUAGGCUAAAAAGCAACUUCCAGCUGCUGUCCCCCAUUCUGCUAGCUUUUUUUAUGUUGCUGCAAACAAUGCCUUAUUUUUCUUUUCCCUUUGUGUGCAAAAGCUUAGCACUGCUCAGAUAAAGAUUUGUAUUUCAGCUGUAUCCAACCAGGGAAAACACAUAUAUUCACACUUCUGGUUGUUUUCUUUUUUUAAGGAACCCACUGAAGCAUACUUGGUUGCCAAGCAACCAGAGGGAGUGGAAAUGUUAAAUUAGAGGGUGUGAUCAUUAGGAAACUGGAUGAUUGAUCCUUCCCCUCAGUGUGAAUAGAAAACACAAUGUUUGCAGCUGGCUUUGAGCCCUUACUAUGGACGGUGCAAAUAGAAAACGGAGAUAAAAACAGCAUCUUUAGUAUGAAGUAUUUCUCCCAUGAGGAUAAGCCCUACCUUUCCUCUGAUGGUUUGUGGAAUGGGUAGUUGUGAUUCUCAGCAUCAAAAAUUGCCAAAGCAGAUCACACUUUGCUGAGUUAUGUUUCAGUGUUAUGGAAAAAGUAGAUUAACUUUUUAUGUAAAUAUAUUAGGUGACUUAUUAUAUAGCAAUAAACCUAUUGGGUUUGUUUCCAUUUUUAAACCACAUCUUUUACUAGAAAAGUAUUUAAUGUGAGCUUGAGUACUGAAAAUUUACAUAUUUCAGUAGCUUUUUAAAAAUUAUAUCAGAUGAGCUUCUUGCUUAAAAUGUAUUCAUGUAUGUGAAAAACCUUUGUGACAAGCAAGAUUGUUAGGAUGCUAUUUAACAUGUAACAUUAAGAUGCAUACUCCAGGCCCAUAUAAGCUUGGUUUUCAUUAGCAUCACAGUAAUUCAGUGUUUAACAUGCAUUGAUCAACUUUUCAAUAUAUAUAGAUGGACAAAACCUUUAAAAGGACCUCUUAUGUGUGAAUGAGGUAUUAUUAAAAAUACAAUUUUUCAAAGAUAUUGAAUCUGGCACUGACUUGCCAAGACAUUUUUAUUCUGUUACCAAAAUGUGCAUUUGAAAUUAUCCCAGACAAAAUUAACAUUUGUUAUCAAAGUAUACAGCAAGUAUGUAAUUUAAAUUCAUUUUUUAAAAACUAUAAAUUCUUCAUUCUGAAAGAAGCAAAAUACACAGAUAAAAGUAGCUGAAUACAGCUACUUUUUUAGAAGCAGGACAUCAAUUAGAUAAAUUAUUUUAAAAGGUACAACAAUAGCAAUCGUUUA